AGGUUAGUAGUAGGCUGGAUGAUUUGUAAUAGCCUAAACGAUGAAAACCACAGGUAACCAAAUCUAAAAGUUUUGAUUUUAGCUGUCCGAUUCUUCUCAUUUAGAUAUAGAACAUUAGAGAGCUUUCUAUGAGAGCUGCAAACAGGCUCAAUUUUUGAUGACUUGAUUUUAUCUAUGCUAGUCGAUUGCGAUGAUACUAUACGAAUAUAUUGUUGAUAAAAAGAUUGCCACAUGGUAGAACUCAGUGAUCGCUUCAGAAACUCCUUAUGACAUCGGGAAAAGUUGAUAAAGAUAGAUACUAUGACUGAAUAAAGCCACAUAACGUCAUUGCUUGUAAAUAUUCAUCCAAAUGAAAAGAGGUGCGCCUUCUAUCUGACCCCAAAGUUAUGAGUAAUAUCAUGCAUCAACCAAAUCAUGUAAGAAAUGUAAUAUUUAUUGAGUCAUUUUUGAAGACUUAUGCUUAGUGCUAUUUGUAGCUAUCACUAUUUCUCGUAGUACACUGUCAGCACGAUUCUAUUACAAGUACUAUAUCUAUCAAUUACUCACAUUAUAAUUUAGGCAAAUUCACAUACUAAACAUUUCUAGCUGAUUCUUAGUUGCUUGUUUGAGAACAGAAGUGAAUCCAAGAAAAAUCCUCUUUUAUAAUUGAAACAGUAGGUUUUAAUCUAUAUUUAUAUAUGCUAUGAUCAAUGUUUAAUCUGAUUUAUUGGUAUGGUUAUACACGUAUAAGUGUCAAUUGAGAUAGCAUUUAUAUAGAAUCGAGGUGUUUAACAGAAAUUGUAGUUAGAUAAAAUGCUAACUUAACACUCGAGAAAUACAUCUUUCAUAAACAUCGAUUUUUUCAUGAGAAUGAUGUGAGCAUUAUAUUCUCUCAUGCAAAGUCACAUCCAUUCUAGCAGCGAAGUCAGGACUUCGAGCUAGGGGAGGAGAGAGGGUUCAGCCCCCAGAACCGUUUUGGUCCAUCUUAGGAAGUAUAAUUGUUUACGCAACCAGUGCAAUUUUUUUUUCGCUUUUUCACACUUGGUUGGAUAUAGCGUGUCGAGCUGAGUAAGAAUAUAUCAGUUUUUAUAUUUUUUCCAAAGUGCUGAAAGAUCCAUUUUCUUGAAAAAAAUAUUGAAAAAACUCAUCUUUCAAUGUUUUUUUCAAUUUUAGAGAGCUUUUACAUUUCUUCGGACUAUGAAAAUAAUAUAUUUAGAUUUAUCGUGCAAAACUGCAUCGAUCUGGGUGGACCGACAAUUGAGCCCCCGAUAUAGAGAAGAAAUUAGAGAACACAAGAAAGUAAUUUUACUUCAACAAAAUAACAUUUACAUCAAAAACUAAACAGAGAGCGUGCUCUUUUAAAAUACAUUUCUCUUGUAAUCAAAUGUAAAGAAGAUACUAGGCAGGAUGUGGGUAUUCUGGAGGAUUUUAUAACUGACAUUUUGUAAUAAUAAUAACAGAUAAGUACACAAGCAAAUGUGUUGAUUACAUAAAUAUGCGAAAUAUAUUCCGAAAAGUUAUUUGUUGUACUAAAGAUGACUGGUUGAAUCAAAGAAGGAUAUUCUAGCUGACCAUUAGUACCAUCAAAAGAUUUCGCAUAUCUGUGUGCUUCACUUUAAAAUUCAUCUAACAAACAACAUAAGAAUUUUCUAUGUUCUUUAUUAUCGUCUCUAUAUCGAGGGCUCAAUUGUCGGGGAGCUCAACUGUCGGUGUACCAUCGAUCUGACCUCUUUUUUGGUAUUCCUUAGUGAAAAAUAUGCUUGUAAAAUGAAGAGAUUCAAAAGUGAAAAAAAACAUUAAAAGAUGAGUUUUUCCUAAUAUUUUUUCAAAAAAAUGGAUCUUUCAGCACUUUGGAAAAAAAUCGAAACUUAUCAACAAAAAUCUUUCGAAAAAAAUAUAAAAAUUGAUAUAUUCUUACUCAACUCGACGAGGUCGAUGCGACCAUGUGUGAAAAAGCCUUUUGCUUUAAUUAUGUAUUGUUUGCACCUUACGUUAUCGAAUGAAUGAAAUAUGAUACUGAGAAAUCUCUGAAAUAUAGAUGAAGCUCAUAUUAAAUGUGUUUUUAGUUGUUUAAAAACUACAUAUGAUUUUCACACAAUAAGUUAUAUCUCAUAGAAUAUUCCACUACAGAGAAUAAAUAAGAUUUUGUAUCAGAAAAAUAUAUUUUUCAAAAUCUUGCUAGGGGGGGAGUCACUGAGCGCCAUGCUCCCCUCCGCUCCACCACUGUUUUCAUUUAUAAUUCAACUUCAACAAAAAAACAAACUCAAAGUUUCAUUGAAAACUAAUCUUUUCUUUUUUUCGUCGAUAAAAAACAAUUUUCUUCUUCUCCUUCUUCUUUCCAUCAAAAUCUUUUGUUUUCAUUCUUUUCUAGAACCGAAUUUGAACAAAUGGAAACCAAAUGGCAUCACGGUGGCUGGUGGAAAUGGACGAGGACAACAAUUAAAUCAAUUAGAUGCCCCUGUUCAAAUCUCUAUUGAUAAAAACAAAAAUAUUUUCAUUGUUGAUAAUAUGAAUAAUCGUAUUGUUGAAUGGAGAUAUAAUGCAAAAGAAGGAGAAAUCAUUGCAGGUGGAAAUGGACAAGGAAAUCAAAUGAAUCAAUUGAGUUGGCCAACAAAUAUAAUUGUUGAUCAACAAAUUCAUUUGAUUAUCAUUGCUGAUUAUGUGAACAGACGACUAAUUCAAUGGUUGAAUCAGAAUCAACAAAUUCUCAUUCGCAAUAUUGACUGUUACGGCUUGGCAAUGGAUAAAUAUGGAUUCCUUUAUGUUUCUGAAUAUAUAAAGAAUGAAGUGAGACGAUGGAAAAUGGGAGAAUAUAACAAUGAAGGAAUUGUAGUGGUAGGUGGAAAUGGAGAAGGAAAUCAACUGAAUCAACUCAGUUAUCCUAGUCAUAUCUUUGUUGAUGAAGAUCAAUCUGUUUAUGUAUCAGAUUGGAACAAUCACCGUGUGAUGAAAUGGAGAAAAGAUGCAAAAGAAGGAAUAGUUGUGGCUGGAGGAUGUGGUAAAGGAGUAGAUCUCAACCAAUUGUCUAAGCCUGAAGGAGUAAUUGUUGAUGAUUUGGGUCAAAUCUAUGUGGCAGAUUUUGGGAAUCAUCGAGUAAUGCGUUGGUGUGAAGGAAAAGAAGAAGGUGAAA